AUGAACAAAAUACUAAAUACUAUUGACAAAUUCGAUAUUUUUGGAGUUCCAAUAAAUCUUUUAACUAAGGCCAAGGCUUCCUUAUAUUAAAGUAAGCUUGGUGGAAUAGUUACACUUAUAAUUGGAAGCAUAAGUUUAACUUAUUUUUUACAUGUAAUGAUAUUAUGGAUUGAUCAUUAAAUACCUCCUAUUGUCAGUGUUAAAUAAUAAAGCAUAUCAUAUGCAGAAUUUUAAUUAUCGAACUCUAUUAUUGAAUUAGAAUUAUAAGAUUUUUUGGGUGAUAUCGAUCCAUUUAGAAAAGAAAAUAAUAUAAUCACUCCUAAUUUAUAUAGAAUUUUAAAUACAACUAUAGUUGAUAAACCAAUUCCAUUAUUUAGUAACAAAGACAAGCCAUUUAAAAUAUCUAUAAAUAAUGGAACUAUUGUUUUAAACCAUGAUUAUACAGGAAAUGAUGAUCGAUAGGAAAUGACAUAAUUAUUGCUUGUUUUAGAAAGUUGUUCUAAUUUAACUGCUGUACCUGGAAGUUAUUGCGCUGAUGAGAAUGUAAUAUAAUAGUAUUUAUCAAAAUUACAUGGGUUUUUAUUCUUAACUAUUAAAUUAAAUUAACUCAAAUAAUCAACAGGAUAAUUAGAAGAAAUUGAAAAAUAAUAUUAUACAGCUUUCGAUACAUCAAGACCUUUAUAUUCAUAAGUAAUGCUUAAAUAAUAAGAAUCAAUUAUUGAUGAUGGAAUAUUAUUUAAUAGUUAUGAAAAUUACUAUUUCUUAAACAAUUAUGAAUUAAUUCAUUAACAAGUUGAAUAUCUUUUCACUUCUUAGGUGGUUAGUUUAAUGUCAAAACAUAAUUAUUAAUUUAGAAGUUUUGGUUGUUAUUUAUUUAGAAUUGAUAACAUCUCUGUAUAAGAAAUCAUUACCUCGAUCAUUAAAAUAGUAAAGAAUCAAAUUGAUUAACUGUUAAGCCUGCUAAUUCUUUAGAUAUAGAAAAUGAUUAUGCCUUAUUGGAACUUUUAGAGAUGUUAUAAAAAUAACCUUGAAGUUGAUAUAUAAUUAUAUUUAAAUAUUGUUUAACAAAAUAAUUUUUAGAGUUGA